GAUUCUUUUCGCCGACGUGUUUGGCUCAUUUGUCCGCCUGAUGGCGUAUGUACUCAGCACUUUUGUCAGGAUUUAGGUUCCAAUUUGCGUGCGUGUUAGAAUUUGGGUUCCAAUUCGCGAGAUGAGUUUCCUACCCCUCAAAAAAAAGAAAAUCUAAUCCUCCACAAGCCCAGAGAGAUGCCAACCAACAACGCCGAGGCCGGCGGCGGCCGCCGGGGGACCCUGGCCAAGGUCUCCCUCUCGUCGGUCUCGGCCGCCAUGGCGGAGGCCUCCACCUACCCCUUGGACGCCCUCAAGACGCGCCUCCAGCUCCACCGCAGCCCCGGCGGCGCGGGCGGGGGCGGCGUGAUCCGCGUCGCGGCCGAGCUCGCCCGCGACGGCGGGGUGUACCGGGGCUUCUCCCCCGCCGUCCUCCGCCACCUGAUGUACACCCCACUCCGCAUCGUGGGGUACGAGCAUCUCCGGUCCACCCUCGCCAGCGGGGGCCGGGAGGCCGGCGUCGCCGAAAAGGCGCUCGCCGGGGGACUCUCCGGCGUUUCUGCGCAGGUGGUAGCGAGCCCUGCUGACCUCAUAAAGGUAAGGAUGCAAGCAGACAGCAGGUUGUUAAGCCAAGGUAUUCAACCACGGUACUCUGGAAUCACAGAUGCCUUCACAAAAAUUAUACGAGCUGAGGGCUUUCUGGGACUUUGGAAGGGGGUUGUUCCCAACGCACAACGGGCAUUUCUUGUCAACAUUGGUGAAUUGACGUGCUACGAUCAAGCAAAGCAUUUCAUCAUUCGCAAGCAGAUAUGCGAUGACAAUCUAUAUGCUCACACAUUGGCCUCUGUCGCGUCUGGACUGUCCGCGACAACCUUGAGCUGUCCAGCAGAUGUGAUCAAAACUAGGAUGAUGAACCAGGGGAAGGAGGGCAAAGCUCUAUACAGGAAUUCUUACGAUUGUUUGGUCAAGACCGUCAGACAUGAGGGCAUAACGGCUUUGUGGAAGGGUUUCUUACCCACAUGGGCGAGGCUUGGCCCAUGGCAGUUUGUGUUCUGGGUUUCAUACGAGAAAUUGCGCCGUGCGUCAGGUAUUUCAUCAUUCUGAUCUGAUAAUGGUGGCUGGAUUUCAUAUGAGAGGCUCUUAGAUCACGGAAGUUUACAUUUCUACACCUUCAUUGCGGCUUCAUGUAGGAUACAACGCUUUAUAUGCGUAUUUACUUGACUAUGGGCAUGUAUCCUUAUUGUCUCUGAGGGAAAAUGCAGAUGAAAUUGCUAUGCCUCACCUUGUAUUUUGACAGUCUACAAAACUCCCAUAAUUUGGGACACACUCAUUUGUCAUCUAUAUAGAGGCUUAUUCAUAACGUUUAA